AUGCAGCUUCUUAAUCCUUGGCCGUACAAUUUCGGCUUCUCUGACAUCCCCUCUCUCUCCCUUUCGCGCGGGCAAAAUCUUAGAGAACUGUUCUGCACACACCACACAACCCCCAGCGACUCCUCCCUUGCUGCUUACUUCCACGAAGAAGAAAGCCGGCGGCCAUUCUCUCCAUCCGGACAACUACUUUCGUCUUCUGAUAACGACUUGUCCGAUCGACUUUCAACACCUUUCCCUCUAAAUUUUACCUUCUUCCCUUACCUGGAGAGAACCAUUACCGCUAUUCGGUUCGAUUGCCACCUUUCGGAACUUGCAUACAAGCUCCUAACCCCUCCCCCUCCCCCCCCCUCCCAACUUCUCCCAUCCCAGCCUAUAAUAUCAACAAUGCGAGAAGUCAACUUCAGCAUUCCUAAUCUCAAUAAAGCAUCCGUUGGUAUUACGACCGCUCUUUAUGAUAGACGAGCGCUGGAUUGUACAUCAACUCUCCCUCUCAUAAAUUCUCUGAAUCACCUUGCCUAUCUUACUACUUCGUCGGCUCGCAUCAGGGAUAUUCUUACCGUCGAUGGAGGUAUCGAAAGGCUGGUAUGCAUACUGAAGGAUGGGCGGAACAAGGAUUUGAUGAGCAUGUGGAAAUGGAAUCUAGCAUUUCAGUGUGUCGUGAACAUAGGUGUGCGGGGUUCAGAAAACGUGCGAACUAGGGUAGUGGAGGCAGAUAUGGUCCCAGUCAUUGCAACAAUCUUGGACAAUUAUGUACAGGUUAUCGACAAACUACAGUCAAAGGCAGACGCAGCUAAUGCGAAGCGUACCGCUUCUGGUAGCCACUCAGUUCGGUCCCGCGACAACAAACCCCCUAAUUCUUUUUACGAUCGACAUGAGAGGCCCUCAGGAGGAGACCGGGGAUUUAGGAGACAAGCACCGCCUGCAUCUAUUGAAAUACCUGCAUCACAGGCUUUAGAAAAUGUGCACGCCAACUCCCACCAAACACUUACUGUACCAAAUCCCGCAGAAAGGAUUGCUUAUAUUAGACAAUCUCACCCUAAUAAUCGAACUCAUGAUAGUCGCCACCACUUCCACACAUAUCAUUCAGGAAUUCCUGCGCGCGACCAGAGCGGACUACAGCCUUUGGCGGCUGCGCUCCCAGUAAUGGAUGUUAAUGUUGCAGGAUUUGGCCUGCGACCCAUUCGGGACACUGAAAGGCUACCAUCAAUGCUACAGGCCGGAAAUGUUUCUCAACCCGAGUCACCCACUACGCCUAAUCCUCCGCCUCCCACAUCAUCUAGCAGAACAAUUCGCCGAAGUAGCCGGCCAUCCAUUCGCCAUCAGCGCUCGAUAUCGGGAGAAUCCGAUGAUCCGAAUGCAGACGAGAUUCCCAAUCCGUCAGGUGAAGUGGAGAAUGCAAACGAACCGAUUGUAGAUAUUCAGACGGGAGAGGACAUAGAAGGCAUAGAUGACCGCCAAACAAUCCUUGGUUCAGUGGAUGCUCCAAUGGGAUUGGCUGGCCCCCAUGGUACAGACACCCAAGAUACUGAAACAUUCAAUAUCACGCAUCGGUCGCCGAUAGAUGGCAGCAUCAUUAAUGCAGCAACCAAUACAAAUCCUCCAACGGCUAAUCCACCUUUGGCCAUUCCAACAGCGUUUCAUUUUCCAUCUCGCUACCUUCAAGAUAGCUCAUCUUCGGUUGUGUUGCCUUCAAUGCCUCGUGAAGAGGAUGUUCUAAUGUCAUUACAACUUCUUGCUUAUGUUUCAAAGUAUUGCAACCUGCGAUCUUACUUUCAAAAAUCUCACCUAGUACCAAAACUCUCUAUCAGCGGCGAAAUUCACCUUCUGGACGAAGAACCAAGCAAUCUGGCUAGCCAGGAUCAGGAAUCCCUUGAAGAGCAAGAAGAAUAUCUCCUACCAGAUGAUUACAAUAUUUUUCCUCUCGUGGAGAAGUUCACUGUUCGACACCACCCUCCGGAUAUGCAGUACUGGGCAGGCGUAGUGAUGAGAAAUCUUUGCCGAAAGGAUGAUUCCCGAGGCGGAAUUCGACAAUGCGCGUAUUACGAGUGCGGGAAAUGGGAGGAGUACACUCGUCAAUUUGCAAAAUGCAGACGGUGCAGGCGUACGAAGUACUGUAGCAAGGAGUGCCAAAAAAGCGCAUGGGUUUACCACAGACACUGGUGCGUUCAAGCACAGCAGUAG